AUGGGGGAGGGGGCGAAGGCGAUGCUGGCGAAGCCCAUCCAGCUCGCGGACCAGGUGGCGCAGCAGGCGGGGUAUCAGUGCCUCCGGACGGACUGCACGGAGCUGCGGUCCCGCGCCAAGAAGGUCGCCGAGCUCCUGCGGCAGGCGGCGCGGGCCGAGCUGUACGAGCGCCCCGCCGCGCGCGUCAUGGCCGACACUGAGCGGGCGCUCCACAAGGCCGCGGGCAUGGCCGCGCGCUGCUUCCAGAGCCACUCCCGCCUCCGCCGCUUCUUCACGCUCAACCCGGUGUCGGGGCUCCCGCGCACCCUCGCCCUGCUCGACACCGCGCUCGGGGACAUCGCCUGGCUCAUCCGCAUCUCGUCCCCGCAGGACGACGACGACGGCGACCUGCGGGGGCUCCCCAACAUCGCGCAGAACGAGCCCGUGCUCGGCAUUAUCUGGGACAACAUCGCGCGCCUCCACACCGGCGGCCUCGCCGCGCGGGCCGACGCGGCCGCCACCCUCGCCUCCCUCGCCAACGGCAACUCCCACUUCGCCAAGUACAUCGUCGAGGAGGACGGCGUCGCGCCCCUCGUCAAGCUGCUCAAGGAAGGCACCGACGAAGGUCAGGAGGCCGCGGCCAGGGCGCUCGGGCUUCUCUGCCGCGACGAGGACAGCGUGGAGAAGCUUCUCCACUCCGGGGUGUGCUCCGUCUUCGCCGCUGCGCUCAAGGAGCCGCCGAUGCGCGUGCAGGCCGCGGUUGCGGACGCCAUCGCGUCGCUAGCGCGCCAUAGCCAGAAGUGCCAGGACCUGUUCGCGCAGAGCAACGCCGUCCGGCAUCUCGUGACCCACCUCGCCUCCGGAACCAUCAAGGAGCAUAGCAGGUAUUCUGUCGGUGUGAACGGCUCCCGGAACACCGUUACUGCGGCAGCGGCGGCCAUGACGUCGCUUGACAAUCUUCACUCCGUUGUGCUUGCCAAACCGCGAAGCGUGCGCCAAGGCGAGCCUGGUUCCUCAACCAAUGUGGCGCCGAACCCGUUGGAAACUUCUACUGGCCAACAGCGAGCAAGAGCGAACCAGAUGCAAUCGGUGGUGCAAUCCGCGAUGGCAGCUACCAACACGACGACGAAUGGAGUCAUGCCGCCAGGUGCAAGGCCCCAGCUGAGCUCAAACGGUUCAAGUGGCCGCGGAUUGCGCGAGGUCGAGGACCCGGCCACCAAGGCACAAAUGAAGGCCAUGGCGGCCAAGGCUCUGUGGAUGCUUGCGUGCGGCCAUGUGGGAGUCUGCAAGAGCAUCACAGAGUCUCGCGCGCUCCUCUGCUUCGCCAGGCUCCUCGAGAGCGGCGACGGCGGCGCGGGAAUGGACCUGCAGUUCUACUCCGCGAUGGCGAUCAUGGAGAUCACCCGUGUCGCCGAACACAACCUGGCGCUGCGGCAGUCCGCGUUCAAGCCCAGCGCCACGGCAGCCAAGGCCGUCGUGGAGCAGCUCCUCCGCAUCGUACGCAAGGGGGACGACGACGACCUGCUGCUCCCGUGCGUCACUGCCCUGGGCUGCUUGUCCCGCACAUUCACCGCGAGCGAGACCCGCGUGAUCGGCCCGCUGGUGCAGCUGCUCGACGACCGCGAGAUUCCGGUCAUGAAGGAGGCCGUGGUCGCGCUCACCAAGUUCGCCUGCACCGAGAACCACCUCCACGUAAACCACUGCAAGGCCAUCGUGGACGCCGGCGGGGCGCGGCACCUCGUCCAGCUAGUGUACCUCGGGGACCAGCUGCAGAUCGAGGCGCUCAUAUUGCUCUGCUACAUUGCGCUCCAUGUCCCGGAGAACGAGGAGCUCGCGCAGGCCGGGGUGCUCGCCGUUCUCCUGUGGGCGUCGAAACAGGCACACAUGGCGCAGGACCUGCGCGUUGAGGCACUGCUGCCGGAAGCCAAGGCUCGGUUGGACCUGUUCCAAUCCAGGGCAUCCAGGUGA